AGAAGAACUAUUUGAGACACGUGAAGAAUUUGAGAAAUUAAUUCAAGGUGGAACUCUGAUGUAUGGACAAGUGCCCAUGGUGGAAAUUGAUGGGAUGAAUUUGGUAGAAACUAGAGCCAUCCUAAGAUACAUAGCUGCAAAAUACAACUUGUAUGGAAAGAACCUGAAGGAACAAGCCUGGAUUGACAUGUAUGUAGAAGGAUUGAAGGACCUGAGUGAUAUGAUUAUGUUUUUGCCACUCUCUCUGCCUGAGGAGAAAGAUAUGAAUCUUGCAUACAUUCUUAAAAGAGCUACUAUAAGAUUUUUCCCUGUCUAUGAGAAGGCACUAAGGGACCAUGGGCAAGAUUAUCUUGUGGGCAAUCGACUGAGUUGGGCAGAUAUACAGCUCCUUGAAGUCAUCUUAAUGGUGGAAGAGUGUGAACCCAGUGUCCUCUCAGACUUCCCUCUGCUACAGGAGUUCAAAGCAAAAAUCAGUUACAUCCCUACAAUUAACAAAUUUCUCAAAGCUGGAAGUCAGAGGAAGCCUCCACUAGAUAAAGACGCCAUCACAACUGUGAAGAAUAUAUUCAAGUUUGAACAAGGAAUGUUUCUUAAGAACAUGUGUACUAUCAUAGCUGAAUAUUAACAAGUAAAGAGAUUUAAAUAACUCAAUAAAUAUUUCACACUAUAUCUGUAGGACUUUCCAGAAAGUUGU